UGCACCAGCUGACUGUCAGAGAGGAGGAGGAUGUCUGACAACAGGUGGUCCUGAGACAUGCUGGCUGACACAGAGCUCACAGCAAACAUGUCACACAUCACCGUGCCGAGGUCUGUGAGCAUGUUCUGUCUGCAGAGCCAUCUGAUCCCUGACACCGGCUCUAUGUGCCCGUAGCAACCACCAACUAGUCAUGGCAGUCAGGCACGAGCUUGGCAAAACCAUCAGAAGAAUAGCACGGAUCUUUUUCUGGUUCCCCAAAACAGUGAGCAUCACCAGAGGCAGGAAACUAAAGCUUCUCUGGAGGGCUGCUGAUUGUAAAUACACGUGUCAUUCUCACUGCAAAGACAAAGUACACCUGAACUGUGAACCGAAUGUGAAAUUAAUGGAAUGUAUACCUACUUAUGAACCGCUGGACAAUUCCAACAACAACAACGAAAAGGAUGUGGAAAAGGAAAGAGAUCCACUGUCGUACCUCAGUAAAGAAGAAACCAAAGAGAAGAUCCAACUUUAUAAUUCAGAAGUUACUGACAAAUUGAGAAUGACCUUGAAUUCCACUGGCAUUUAUACGGGUUUCAUUAAAGUUCAGAUGGAGCUCAGACGACCUAUCACUGUACGGACUCGCACAAAUGCUCACAGCAACAGCAAUGAGACCGCCUUCUAUAUGCCCAAGGACAACAUAAAUAUUCUGCACAUCAGCAGUACCAACACUGUGCGCGAAGUCAUCGAGGCCUUGCUGAAAAAGUUCUUGGUAGCUGACAAUCCCGCCAAGUUUGCACUUUACAAGCGCUGUCAGAAGGAGGAUCAAGUGUACCUGUGUCGGCUGUCUGACAGGGAACACCCACUGUACCUUCGUUUGGUAGCUGGGCCCAGUCUCGAGACCCUUGGCUUUGUUCUGCGGGAACAUGAAACUGGAGAUGUCAUGUGGGGAGCCUUCAGUCUCCCAGAACUACAGAACUUCUUACGGAUCUUGGAUAAAGAGGAGGAGGAGCAGCGUCAGAGCUUAAGGAGGCGUUACGCAUCCUACAAGGAGAAACUGGAAGAAGCUUUGAGUGGAGCACGUAAACCUGGCUAAACGACUGACGAAGCAGACUUUCAUACUGUCACUCGUUACAGCAUGACUGAGCAGCAGCAUUUGAUUGCAAUCUGUUCAACAGACAAUUCCUUACAGGGGAACUGUUCCCUCGGAGACGUCUAUAUGGAAUUUGAGAAAAUGUAUCCCCUUCCCAAAACUGGUUAUUCUGGUUAAGGUUUACACCAAGUGUCAUCAGGACUCCACAGGUCACCCCCUUUACAGGCGGUGACUGCACUAGACAAUCCAAAACUGAAAUCAUUUUUACAUGAUUUUAUUUUAUUUUUUCAUUAUUUUUAAUGUAAAUUAUUAAAAAAAAAAAAAAGCUUUAAGUCUAAAAUUUCUUAUGAUUGUGUUUAUGGAAACAAAGUGUCAGCAAAUUGAAUUUCUAUGAAAUAAUAUAAAGCAAAUGUUUUGUUAAUUUGCUUGUUAAAGUUGAGAAGUAUCGGGAAGUACUUGCCUGACAAACUGAAAAACCUGAACGUUCACAUGAAUUUAUGAAGGUUACUAGAGCAGUCAGUGGCAAAAAGGGUAAAGGAAUGUGACGAGAUGGUUGGAGAAGUGAUACAGAGAGUGAAGUGAUGUAGGACUGUUGGUUAAAUUGAACAGAGAUCGAAUUCUUAACAAAACUUACUGUGCUAAUGUACAACUAUGCAUUUAAUACAGAAUGCAGCUAACGGGGCUUUUGUUUGCCCUCUGUAUGUAUAUUUACGUUGCGAAGUAAGAACGUUUUGAGUUGACGUUUUAAAGUUAAAUGAAGCAAUGUUUGGAGGAAAACAGGUGUCAGACCCCCAGGGUGGGCAGUGCAUGUAGCAAAAGGCGAGUGAUGGUGGGUUUUGGGUUGCUAAUACAGAGUCGUUGAGCUGCUGGUUUUCCGUAUGUAGUGUUGGAGGGCCCGAGGACAUGUACCUAUGUUUUUGUGAUGCUGCAGUAUUUAAUAGGAUAGUUCAGGCUAGGUGCUUCUUACCACAGACUUAGAGUGGCAGAAAAAUAAUUAUUGAUCAGGUCUGCCUAUCAAUUUAUUUAUUUUUUAAUCUUCUUGUACUUGCAUUGACCACAAUGACAUAGGCUUUCGAUUGGUUUUGAAUGAGUUACAAAGCAUUCUGCAAAUGAACAACACAUCUGCUUAGUAACUAAUUAUAAGAAAGCAUGAGGAAAUGCAUGUUGGAAACCAAAGAACAAGCAAAUCAAAAUCUGUAUUAUGUAGCAUUAUUUUAUUUUUUUUAUUUUUUUCUUCAGCAUAUGAAUUGCUUUUUUUUAUGACAUUCAAUGUUUUAAGAGUCUUUGUUUUAUUAUAUCUCUCAGUGGAGGGGUCGUUUACUUUGUAGUUCAUGUGGAUCUGGUGCAUACUCUAAUAUUAUGGUAGAGAUGUGGCUUAAGAGCGCCUCCCAGUGGCCAGUUUUUGGUCUUCGGUAAAGUUGCCUUCAUAUUGGGAAUGGACAGCUAUGAAUUUCUACACACUUGCAUCUAGAAAGCAGGAUACAGUUGAUCAGUUGGAUAGAUUUAUUUAUUUUAUUUUAUUCUUCAAUAUUUAUAUACAGGGAAGAAUCCAGCCAUUUAAC